AUGGCAAUAUUCAAUAACACCACUUCGUCUUCCUCAAACUUCCUCCUCACUGCAUUCCCUGGGCUGGAAUGUGCUCAUGUCUGGAUCUCCAUUCCAGUCUGCUGUCUCUACACCAUUGCCCUCUUGGGAAACAGUAUGAUCUUUCUUGUCAUCAUUACUAAGCGGAGACUCCACAAGCCCAUGUAUUAUUUCCUCUCCAUGUUGGCAGCUGUUGAUCUAUGUCUGACCAUUACGACCCUUCCCACUGUGCUUGGUGUUCUCUGGUUUCAUGCCCGGGAGAUCAGCUUUAAAGCUUGCGUCAUUCAAAUGUUCUUUGUGCAUGCCUUCUCCUUGCUGGAGUCCUCGGUGCUGGUAGCCAUGGCCUUUGACCGCUUCGUGGCUAUCUGUAACCCACUGAACUAUGCUACUAUCCUCACAGACAGGAUGGUCCUGGUGAUAGGGCUGGUCAUCUGCAUUAGACCAGCAGUUUUCUUACUUCCCCUUCUUGUAGCCAUAAACACUGUGUCUUUUCAUGGGGGUCACGAGCUUUCCCAUCCAUUUUGCUACCACCCAGAAGUGAUCAAAUACACAUAUUCCAAACCUUGGAUCAGCAGUUUUUGGGGACUGUUUCUUCAGCUCUACCUGAAUGGCACUGAUGUAUUGUUUAUUCUUUUCUCCUAUGUCCUGAUCCUCCGUACUGUUCUGGGCAUUGUGGCCCGAAAGAAGCAACAAAAAGCUCUCAGCACUUGUGUCUGUCACAUCUGUGCAGUCACUGUUUUCUAUGUGCCACUGAUCAGCCUCUCUUUGGCACACCGCCUCUUCCACUCCACCCCAAGGGUGCUCUGUAGCACUUUGGCCAAUAUUUAUCUGCUUUUACCACCUGUGCUGAACCCUAUCAUUUACAGCUUGAAGACCAAGACAAUCCGCCAGGCUAUGUUCCAGCUGCUCCAAUCCAAGGGUUCAUGGGGUCCUAAUGUGAGGGGUCUUAGGGGAAGAUGGGAUUGAAGGUAGGAAAUUGUCAGGACACGAAUUAUGCUUUGGAAAGAAAGGGACUUGGGGCAGUCUUAUCCACAGGUGUUUUGGUUGCUGAGUCAAUUCCAAUUGAAUUUUAGGAGUGGGAAGAAGACAGU